AGUAAAUCAUCACGCAUUCCACGCAUCUUCACUGAUUCCAACUAUUACCAAUCGCGCGAAGAAUCUAAACCCGGAGAUCGACGCCGAGAUAAUCGAACGAUCAUAUAAUUGGAUAGGUGAAUAAAUGAAGUGUUGCCCAUUAUUUGCAUAUUACUAAUCCGGUUUCAAGCACAAUUCUGGAUAUUUACACUUGAAGAAAAAGAUUGAAGAUGCAGCGUUGGCUGAAGUUAGGGAUAGCAGGAAGCUGUCUCUUCAUAUUUGGUGUUGCCUUCGGUUUCUUCGUCUUUCCGCUACUUCUGAAGAGUCAAGUGAAGGCGCAAGUGAGCCUGAGACCAGGAUCAGAAAUGAGGCAGAUGUGGGAAGCUAUGCCCUUCCCUAUGGACUUCAGAGUUUUUCUCUUCAAUAUCACCAACCCUGAUGAAAUUACGGCGGGAGCCAAGCCAAUAGUCAACGAAGUUGGUCCAUUCUUCUACCAUGAGUACAAGGAGAAAGUGGACCUGAAGGACGUUGAAAAGGAUGACACAUGUGAGUACAGUAACAAAGCGACGUGGCAAUUUUCUCCUGAAAAGAGUGGAAUGGGCCUCUCUGAGGACACCGUGUUAACAUUUCCCCACGUCAUGAUCCUGACCAUGAUUUUGACGGUCAUGAGGGAACAACCAGGGACAAUAAGUUUUGCUACAAGAGCAGUUGACAGUAUUUUUCACAAGCCUGAGUCAGUAUUUAUCAAAGCAACAGUGAAGCAAAUUCUCUGGACAGGCCUAACAGUUGAUUGCACCGUCCAAGACUUCCAGGGAAAAUCAGCUUGUACGCUCCUUGCUGAGAAGGAAGAAUCCUUCAUUAAGGAUGGUCCUGGGAAAUACAGAUUUGCUCUUUUGGGUGCUAAAAACGCUACAGUGCUAUCAGAUAGACUAAAAGUGAGGCGCGGUAUUCAAAAUUACCUACAAGUGGGCGAGAUGGUGGAGUUCAAGGGGGAGAAAAUACAAGAGGUCUGGGCGGAUGAAGGACCCUGCAACAACCUCACUGGUACAGAUUCCACUAUUUUCCAUCCGCUGCUUUUUGAAGAUGAGGAUAUGCUCUCUUUUACUAGUGACAUGUGUCUCACUGUACCAGCUCGCUAUGUAAAACCAUCGAGCGUCAAAGGUCUUCCCACAAAUCAUUAUGUUGCACAUUAUGGUGACAUGAAUAAAGACGAAAACCUGAAAUGUUUGUGUCCUGCUCCAAAUAAAUGUCUGAAGAAAGGCCUCAUCGAUCUAUUCCCCUGUAUCGGUGCACCUAUGGUUGCUAGUCUUCCCCAUUUCUACCUCGUUGACGAUUUAUAUUUGACCCAGGUCGAUGGUCUCCAUCCAGAUAAGGAAGAACAUCAAAUUUUCAUAAACUUGGAGCCGAUGACAGGAACCCCUGUAGAAGCAAGAAAGCGCUUACAAUUCAACAUGUUCAUCCGUCCAGUGGCGAAGUUCUCAUUGAUGAAAACUUUUCCACAGGCACUUCUUCCAUUAUUCUGGGUGGAGGAAGGUAUCCUGUUGGAAGAUAAAUAUGUGGAUCAGCUGAAGAUGGUCUACACGCUCAUCUCCAUCGUUGGGAUUGUCAAGUGGCUGAUGAUAAUCGGAGGUCUUGCAUUAAUCGGUACGGCUGUCUACCUGAAGUACAGAGGCAAGGAGGCAUCUAACAAGAUUGAUAUCACGACGAUAUCCCCCCAAUUCACUUCAACAGCGCUAAAUAGCAUCGAGAAGAAACGGGCGCUGGACGUCAACACGCCACAAAGCGCACCUGCCGAGGGCUAAUUAGCAAUAAAUAGAAAACAAAUUCG